UAGAGGCGGUCUGGUAGAUCAAAUGAUGAAAACCAUGGAACAAUACGCGAACAAUUUGGAGAAGGUGGUGGCUGAACGAACCGGUAUGCUUGAAGAUGCUAACGUUCGUGCUGAUCGAUUGUUGUCGCAAUUGCUACCGAAAUACAUCGCAAACGAACUGAAAAAUGGUCGAUCGGUUCCACCGAAAACAUUCUCUCAAUCGACAGUGAUGUUCUGUGAUAUCGUCGGAUUCACGAAUAUGUGCUCGAACGCUACUCCACAAGAGGUCAUUUCAAUGCUCAACAGUGUCUACAGUGGAUUCGAUGAGAUCAUUGAACGACGCGAAGCUUACAAGUUCUUGGCUGGUUAUGUGAUUCCACAUCGUAGAGGAGAGAAGAUGACCGUCCGUCUUGGAUUCCAUACAGGACCAGUUGCUGCAGCUGUGGUUGGUUUAAACGCUCCGCGUUAUUGUUUGUUCGGCGAUACGGUGAAUAUGGCAUCUCGUAUGGAAAGUACUGGUGAACCGCAAAAAACACAAAUCAGUGAGGCAACGCAUUUGAUGCUUGAACGACAUUACCCGGAAUACAUCACAACCUAUCGAGGACCAGUUGAAGUCAAGGUUAAAUGGAUAUUGUAUGAU